AUGCCUCAGCAGCAGCAGCAGCAACAGCAGCAGUCACCAACAGGAGCGGAGCAGCAGGAGUGCAGAAGCAGCAGCAGCAGCAAGAUACAGCAGCAGCCACCCCACGAAGGGAGGGACAGCAGCAAGGGCUGCUGCUGCAGCUCUUUGCUGCGCAUGCAGCCCCAAAGUACCUGCUGGAAUGGCACCUGCAGCAGCAGCAGCAGCAGCAACAGAAGCAGCAGCAACGGCACCAAUAGCAGGAAGCGUAGCAGAAACAGCAGCAGCAACGGCAGCACAUUCAAAACACACAAUAAGCAGUUCUCUAAAGAGCUGCGACACAGCACCAGCGGCAACAAAACCAACCAACAGAGACAGCAGCAGCAGCAACAACAACAGCAAAAACAGCAGAGGCAGAAGCAACAGCAAACGAAACAGCAGCAACAGAAUCAGCAGCAACAGAAAGAACGGGAAAAGGGCCGCAGCUGGAACAGCAGCAGCAAGAACAGCAGCAGCAGAGCAACAGCAGCAGAGCAGCAGCAGCAGAGCAGCAGCAGCAGUAGCAGCAAUCCCCACAAGCAACAGCAAGGUCCGGUGGAGGGGCUUCUCUAG